AUGUGCAGGGAUGAAGCAGAGAACUAUGGUUCGGGCAUUCCUCCAGAGUUUGGAUCAUAUUUGCCUCCAAAGACAACCAGAUCAUGGUUCUUAAAGUAA